AUGAAUUCUCCAAGAGCAGAAACUCUUGAUUAAGAAUUAAGUAAUACUAUCAACAAGAUCUAUAGUAAUUGUUAAAAGAUUAAUGAUAAACAUCUUAAAAUAAGAAUAUUGUAAUGGUUAGAUAAAGUGAGAACACCAACUCACAAUUUUAUUUGGAAAUAGAAUUCUUUAUUUUAUGCACGUGUUUUAUUAGAAAUGACUAUAAAUUAAUAAUUAGAUAAACCUUUUAGAGGAAUACCUCCAGAUGGGCCAUUACCUAGAUUGGAUAAAUUUAAUAUUGUAAUUGAUUUUUGAUUUAAUAGAAAGUCUUAAUAAGUUUUGUAAAAACUAAAACAGGAUCAGUAACCUUAAUCUUCUAGAAAACCUUUGGGGAAUAUUUUGAAUAGAGAUUUGACUCCAAAAUUAAAGACUGAACCUAAUUUAUAUAAAUGCAAUAAAUUUCAUAAUAGUCAGAAAUCUUAAAAUUGGAAUCAAAUUAAGGAGACAUUAGAAGGGGCUAAUAAAAAUAUGCAAGAAUUUAAACAAUUUUUAGAAAAUUUAUAAACUUAAUAAAUAUUUCUUUGA